AUGCCCGACAAAGGUGAGCUUCUUCAUUUCUUCCGUGUUCAUGUUCGUCGCCUUCAGAGAGACUUCGAAUCAAGACUUCUAUUGAAUCCACGUCCAGCGAUGUGACUAUACUGUCCGAGUGCAGUAGCUCGUUGCCCGAAAAUUCUCCGCCAUGGAUGAAAACCGAAAAAGCACAGUGAGUUUACUAGCACCUGUCAGUUGUUCUCAUUCCAACUACCCGUUCUCACAUUUCAGAACUUUCUGCCUGAAAUCGCUGACCGCUUUGUAUGCCCUGAUCCUCACAAUCGUCGCGUUCAUCAUUGAAAUCUCUCCGACGUGGCAGUCCGGAGCGAUGCACAUCGAGUACACGAUCUUCUGUGUUCUCAUGUACUCCAUUGCGAUCGUCUAUUUUAUCUACCUGUACACAGUCGUUAUCUACCCGGUCGUCUUCAACACGAUCCUCCUGUACCUUGAGAGGAUUCACGUGCUGAGUGUGCAUUCUGUCAAGUAUUGGGUCCGUCCGGAAGCCGCUUUCACUGGAGAAGGCGCCGGUACGCUGUACCUGAGACUGGGAACGUUAUGUUAGUUGUCACCUCAACUACAUCAUCCAUUUCUAUCGUUUCAGUGUUCGGCACGCUGGGAAGUGUGCUCUGGGGCUCCGAGAUCUUCCUCUGCUUCUUCUCAGAGAACCGACACAACAUCUACGUGGUCAAGUACAUUCUCGCCCUGCUUUUCACCUAUCUCCAAAUGCAUUUCCUCUGCUGUAACUCGAAAAUCACGCUGCCCAAGAAUAAUUUCGUCGCGAGCUUCGGAAUGAUGCACUGCAUCGCCGUCAAUCUCUGGAUGUGGUUCUCGCUGUGUCUCGCGAAAGCCAUCUACAAAACUGACAAGAAGACGCAGAAGCUGCAGAAGAGCGAGGAGAAGUGGAAGAAGAAGAAUAUGACUGUGGCGGAAGGCGUCGCUGAACUGCUCACGACCACCCUCGCCUCAGUGCUCACCACAGAUCCGACGAGUUUCCGGGCCAACGAGAAGCAGCUGCGAUCUCUGUACAGAUUGGGAAGUGCGGCCAACUUUCUGCUGACUACACUUGUCGAGUUAGUGCUUAUUUGUGACUUUUGUGACAUUUGCAAUGAGAACAAAUAGAUAGAGAAGUAUCAUCAUCUUUAGAUUUGGAGGGGAGGGGGGAAGUGAUGACCAUUCCGUUCUUUGCUAUUUAUAGAUUCUCGCUCGUCGCUGCCGCGGUGUACUUCAUAAUCUGGAAGCACGAAGGGGAUGAGUGUCCGCAGGAGACGCGGAAGAAACAUGUCAGAUUCGAUUGCAAGUGAGCGAACAAUCAUCAGAGCCAUACAGUAACCGGACACUCUUCAGAUCGACUUCUGUGGGAAUCUUCGCCGCGCUCAUUCUCCUCAUCGGCUCUUUCGUCUCCAUCUCGAUGCACUACAUAUUCAACAAUUCGAACAAACCACAAACGGCCGACGAAGUCAUCGGAAUCGCCGAGACUGUCAUUUUCUGUGUCACUCUUCUGGCCGUGUUUGCCGCUUUCUUCAGGUUCGUAUCACCCCCUGAAGAGAACAUUUCGUAACUUACUUCCAUGAAUACAUGGUUGUUCGAACAGACACAUAUUCUGUGACUUAUUCUUUCGCUCUUCCGCCCGAUCUCAUGUGUGUUUUUGUUGUAGAAUGCGCAAACUACAGUAUAGAUUACAUGCGCACGGACAAGUAGUUGACGAGAUACUUUUGAUCGUCGGGCUGGCUGGAGAGAUUGUGUACUGCAGCACAGGUAACCCACCUAAAGGAUCAGGAAGAAGGAGGGGAAGAGUGAAUUAUUGCAGGCUUGGAUUUGUAUGUCAAUCAGAAGAUCGAAAAAGCGCACGGAACAACUUGUCUGACUGUCGUUGCUUUUGUCACUCGGAUUGUACAAGUUAUCGUGCAAAGUGUGUUCAUUUUGGUAGCGUGCAGGUGAGCUCAGAAGCCAUAGAGUGCAAAAGAGAACCGAUGGAUUACAGACUACGCAGUCUAUCAGCUAGAAACAUCGCCCUCCAGCCUGGAAAGCAGAUAAUCACCUUUCUAGUCGUCUGCAACAUAAACCUGUUCAUCUACCAUACUUUCGAAAGUGAGACUCUUUUCACUUCCAUGUUUAAAUCCUUAUACUUUUUAGCGAUCGAAUCCAACUUCGGGUUCCCGCACAAGAUAACGACGGUCUACUCGGCGCUGCUGAACAUGUCCUCGCCGCUCGUCGUCUUCUACCGAUUUCACAGUUCGGCGUGUCUUGCCGAAAUCUGGAAGCACGCCUACUCCACCAAACACAGCCAUCACGCACAUAGGCCAUUAGAAGAAGAUCAUCACAUUGCUUGA